CUCUGUAUCCCUAUCUACUAAAAAGGUCAAAAAAAACUCUCUGUUCUUCUCUCUCUCUCUUCUAAUGGCUUCUUCAACGCCACCUUCACUCACAGCUACAGCUAAACCCUAUCAUCAUCAAAACCACCCUUAUCCUCAAAGCCAACCUCAAAAUCGUCAUCAAAAUCACAGAUUUGCUCAAAGAUUCAAUCUUUCCAACUCUUCUACACCUAGAAAUCAUCAUCAUGCAACAACUAGAAACAACCCAAACCCCACUACCAGUUUAUCAUCAUUGCCGCCAUUACCACCGUCAAAACCAGAGCUUGGUCUCGAUUUCAGAGGUAAAAGAUCAACACGUUUUGUAUCAAAAAUGCAUUUUGGUAGACCUAAAACAGUCUCAGACAGUCGUCAUACAUCAUUAGCUGAAGAAGUACUUCAACAAGUAUUGAGCUUUCAACAUUCUAAUGGUAAAUCAAUUGAAAAUAUUCUCUGGGGCUAUGAGUUUAAUCUUGGUGGUUCAGAGGAUUAUGUUUUUUUAAUCCGUGAGCUUGGGAAUCGCGGCGAGUGUUCCAAAGCUAUGGCGUGCUUUGAGUUUGCUGUGAAACGAGAGCGUAAACGGAACGAACAAGGGAAAUUAGCUAGUGCCAUGAUCAGUACACUGGGGAGGUUGGGGAGGGUAGAUUUGGCAAAAGGAGUGUUUGAUAAGGCAAAAGCAGAAGGGUAUGGUAAUACUGUUUAUUCAUUUUCUGCUUUGAUUAGUGCUUAUGGCAGGAAUGGUUAUUGUGAAGAUGCUAUUAAGGUGUUAGAAUCGAUGAAAACUUCGGGUUUGAAGCCUAAUUUAGUUACUUAUAAUGCUGUUAUUGAUGCUUGUGGUAAAGGUGGUAUGAAUUUUGAACAAGCAACUGAAGUGUUUGAUGAAAUGGUUGGGAAUGGUGUGGUGCCUGAUCGGAUUACUUAUAAUUCGUUAUUGGCUGUUUGUAGUCGUAGUGGGUUAUGGGAAGAAGCGAGAAAUUUGUUUACUGAGAUGGUUUAUAAAGGGAUUGAUAGAGAUAUCUUUACAUUUAAUACGUUGUUGGAUGCUGUUUGUAAAGCUGGUGAAAUGGAAUUAGCGUUUGAGAUUAUGAGAGAGAUGUCUGAGAAGAAAAUUUGGCCUAAUGUUGUAACAUAUAGUACGAUGGUUGAUGGUUGUGCGAAAGCUGGGAAAUUAGAGGAGGCGUUGAGUUUGUUUAAUGAGAUGAAGUUUGUUGGCAUUAGUUUGGAUCGGAUGGCAUAUAAUACGUUGGUUGCUAUUUAUGCGAGGUUAGGUAGAUUUGAUGAAGCUUUGGGUGUUUGUUUGGAGAUGGAGAAUGCUGGGAUAAAGAAGGAUUCUGUAACUUAUAAUGCGUUGUUGGUUGGUUAUGGAAAACGAGGGGAGUUUGAUGAAGCUCAAAGAUUGUUAGAAGAGAUGAAGUUGGUUAAUGUAUCUCCUAAUAUCUUGACGUACUCGACUUUAAUGGAUGUGUACUCGAAAGGGGGCAUGUAUAAAGAGGCUAUGGAGACAUUUAGAGAGUUUAAGCAGGCAGGUAUGAAAGCUGAUGUUGUUCUGUAUAGCUCGUUGAUUGAUGUGUUUUGCAAGAAUGGUAUGGUGGAGUUUGCUGUGUCUUUGCUUGAUGAGAUGACAACGGAAGGAAUUCGACCUAAUGUUGUCACUUAUAAUUCAAUCAUUGAUGCCUUUGGAAGAUCUGCUACGGCAAGACUUGAAGAUGCUACGACUGAUGAGAUUGAUCUGUCAGAAUCUGAGCCGUCCACGUGUAUUGUCCUCACAAGUGUUCCUGAGAGUAUUAUAGGUUUCAGUGAAGGGGAUAACCAGGUUAUAAGGAUCUUUAAGCAGCUAGCUGCUGAAAAAGAGAAUCCAUUGAAAGAGGGAAAUAUAAGAAAUUCUCAAGAGAUUUCGUGCAUUCUGGGACUUUUUCAUAAGAUGCAUGAACUGGACAUUAAACCAAAUGUUGUCACCUUCUCCGCCAUUUUAAAUGCUUGCAGUCGUUGUGAUUCAUUUGAAGAUGCUUCUGUGUUAUUGGAGGAACUCCGGUUGUUUGACAAUCAGGUUUACGGGGUUGCACACGGACUUCUGAUGGGCAGCAACGAAGAUGUUUGGAUUCAAGCUCGAUGUUUGUUCGAUGAAGUCAGACGAAUGGACUCUUCAACAGCAUCUGCCUUUUACAAUGCUCUAACUGACAUGCUAUGGCAUUUCGGACAGAAACGAGGGGCCCAAAGGGUCAUGCUUGAAGGUAAAAAUCGACAGGUAUGGGAGAACACAUGGUGUGAUUCUUGCUUGGAUUUGCACAUGAUGUCCUCCGGUGCUGCUCAGGCAAUGGUUCAUACGUGGUUGCAGAAUAUACGCUCUAUUGUUUUUGAAGGUCGUGAAUUGCCAAAACUAGUAAGUAUUUUGACUGGGUGGGGCAAACACAGCAAAGUAGUUGGUGAUGGCACCCUCCGACGUGCAGUUGCAGCUCUUUUGACUGGAAUAAGUGCACCAUUUCACGUAGCUAAAGGCAAUCUAGGGCGUUUUGUAUCAUCAGGGGCUAUUGUUUCAGCUUGGUUAAGAGAAUCUGGGACUCUGGAAGUCCUCGUUCUCCAAGAUGACAGGAUUCAUCCCGAAAAUGUACAGUUGGAUCGAGUCCCAAAUCUGCAAAUGCUCAAGUUGUAGUUGUUCGGGGAUACUAACUUUUUUGUUUUCCAAUUGGUCUUUGCUUCUGCAGAUCAUGUUGGUAAGUGUAACCCACCCUUGUAAUCUAUAUGUGCAAAAAUGUUGAAUAGACAUUCGGUUUAUGUCUACUCCUCUUUGUUGUUUGUCUACCUAACUUCAUGUAUGUCAUUUCCAUCUUCAUCUUGUACUUUAGUCCAUUUUCAGAGAACAUGAGGAAAUGGUGGCGGAGAAAAACUUUGUUGUAAUAUAUUUAAAUCCAGUUUUAUCUUUUGCAUA